ACAUCUACGGGUACAAUCCCUCCAUCCCGGCUGCAGUGAUCUUCAUCAUCCUGUUCGGUGCUUCCACGGGCUUCCACUGCUACCAAUUGAUCAAAGCCCGCGCUCUAUACUUUAUUCCUUUUCUCAUCGGGGGAGCUUGUAUGUAUCCCUCCCUUAUCAAUCUGGUCAAUACUAAUUCCAUGAAGUCCAAGUUCUAGGCUAUAUUUUCCGUGCCGCCAGCCACAACGACACCAGCUCAAUCCCCAAAUAUGCCCUCCAGACGGUCCUCAUCCUUCUCGCUCCAGCCCUCUACGCAGCGUCAAUCUACAUGGUCCUGGGCCGGCUGAUGAUCCACCUCGACGCGCAAAAGCUCAGUCUCGUACGAGUCUCCUGGAUGACCAAGAUCUUCGUUACCGGGGAUGUCAUUUCCUUCCUGAUGCAGUGCGGCGGUGGCGGGCUCAUGUCCGGCGACAACCCCGACAGCCGCAAAACCGGCGAAACAAUCACCAUCGCCGGUCUGAUCGUGCAGAUUGUCUUCUUCGGUUUCUUCCUGAUAACAUCCAUCAUCUUCCACAUCCGGAUCAAUAAGGCCCCCACGCUGCCAUCGCGCGAAGAAAUUGCGUCCUGGCGCCGCGGAAACAUCACGGCGCGCAACUGGGUGACUCUGCUCUUUGCGCUGUAUGCGGUGUCUGUUCUUAUCCUGGUGCGCUCGGUGUUUCGGCUGGUGGAGUUUAUUGAUGGGUAUGGCGGGUAUUUGAUGACGCAUGAGGUGUUUAUUUAUGUGUUUGAUGCGGUGCUGAUGGUGGUUGUUAUGGGGGUGUUGAAUUAUUGGCACCCUUGUUUUGUUAUUCGUGGGGGGAAGGGAUAUAGGGACUUUGACAGUGUGCCGCUGAGGUAGACUUUCUGGUUAUUUUAUAGAUGGGAUGCAAUGCUGGUGUUGGUUCUAUAAACUAGACAGGGAAAUAUCGAUUUAAGCGAAAU